AUGUGGCUAGGACUGCUUCAAUUUAGACUUACAGUAGGGAACGGAUUGAAUUCUAUCUAUCACGAUAUGUUACGGCGAGUCAUCUUGCCGUGUUCGCCGAUUUGCCAGUCGCGCCUGCUUUCUUCGCUCCCAUCAACUUCCCGUGAUGAUUGCAAUGAGCUCAAUAAGAACGUAGUGGAUGGCAUCGCACAUGUGACUUCGCUGAAUAUCCUAACUCGAGAGCGAUCGGUUGUGCGCUUGAAACUUGCGGAGUCGCAGAAGAUCAGAAAAAUCAGAAGACAGUAUGCUGUGCCUGAGCCUGCACUUGCCGGCCUUAGAUCUGCUCUUAUUUCUUGUAGUCGACCACCGAAGCAGCUACAGCAUGAAGCAGAUCAACUAAGUGAAUAUUUAGCGCAAAGAAGGUUUCCUGCUCCUCCUUCUGUAGUGAAACAAGCUCGAGAUAAAAUUAAAGAGAUGUUGAAACAUCAACAGGUCGACGAUGGAAUCGAGGAUCUUGUAGAAAAAGACAAAGAAACUCGAAUUAACUAUAAGUUACGGAAUGAGGUAGAUAAGAUCUUGAAAAAGGCUCAUUUCAACUGGAAGCCAUUGGAUAUUGAGACUAGGGAAGCAGCUGCAGCUUAUGCUUUGUCUAGGCUUGCUCCUAAUUACGCAGAGAUUGCUCGGGUUUUGGAUGAGUUCGACCGAUCACAGUUUACACCUUCAACUGUCUUGGACUACGGUAGUGGAAUUGGUGCAGGUUUUUGGGCGGUGAACGAAAGAUUUGGCACAAAUGUGAAAAAUUACUGCAUGGUGGAUCCUUCACCGAGCAUCACUCAGUUUGCAAUGGAUAUCAUGAGGGGAGAAACGAAUGAUCUGCUUUUUCGCAAUGUGAGCUUCCGUCGUCAUCUUGUACCAUCCUUGCAAACAAAGUAUGACUUGGUCAUUGCUCACAGGACACUGUGCGAACUUGCUUCGCAAGAAUCUCGCCUUGAUCUUGUCGCCUCAUUGUGGAAAAGAACAAACAGAUUCUUAGUUCUGAUUGAUUCUGGAUUACGCGAUGCAUAUGAAGCAUUGAUAGAGGCACGCGACUUCCUUUUGUGCUCGGGCACACAGUUACAUUUGGAUGAAACAAGAUCUAUACUUAAGGAGAAAAAUCUUCUGUCUGAUAGCAUCGAAUCUGUGCUGCGGGAUCGGAGUCUAAGUGACUUUGAGAGAUUCUCUCUUGUUCGAGACAUGGUACCAGCAGAUAUCACUCUUCCGACAGCUCUGGAGCCAGCAACGGUGUACGCUCCUUGUCCGCACGAUCUUGGAUGUCCAAAAUUAGGAAAUAGUGUAUGCUCCUUUCCUGUGAGAUGGCAGGUCAUACGUGCUGACGGUAAAAGAUCUCCACGUGAAAAAUCAGGAUCAGAAACUGGAAAAUUUUCGUAUAUGAUUCUUGAGAAAGGCUUCCGACAGCCAGAAUCAAUUGUUGCACGGAUACUGAAGAUAACACAUUCAAGUGGUCACGUCACUUGUGAUCUUUGCACGAAAUUCAAGGGGCUACAAAGGGUUGCUAUCUCACGAAGAACGGGGGAACUUUAUCAGCGUACAAGGUCUCGAAGAGACGGUGAACAAUUUCCUUUGGAGGAAGAAACCGUUGUUACAGAAAGUUUGUUUGAUCUGUGCGAUCUGAAGAAUAAUAGUAAAAACAUACAGUAGAUGAAGUUAUAUUGUUAUUGAUUUAUUGUUUUGUUGGUAAGGUUUUAUCCAUGAAUUUAUCAUGUUUUCAUUGAUUUCAUUGGUUGAGUACUACAGAGGUUUCUGACGCAGAAGUUCUUGAUACG